AUAUAAUCAACACUGGUUCCUUCGAAGACCCAAAAAUGAACCACGUGCCCUUUAUAUUUCUCCCACAAUAAAUAUAGGAUCAAAGAAUCCAACAGUCUUUCAGUGCUAUGGAUUCAUACGGUAUCUAGCUAAAACCGAUACUAAAUGUCCUAGUCCGGGAGCAACGCCACCACAAUCACCAUCAUCAAGUAUUGAUGAUAAUGAAAGUUCGGAUAACAUUACAGCGGGUUCGGAUUAUGAGGAAACCCUAAAGUCAUCUGAACAAAUACGAAAAC